AUGGAGUUAGUCUUGAUGGGAAGUAUGCGUAGUGAGGUAAAGAUCCUCCAGAAUGAGUGGCAUUUCCUUUUGCUUUCUCGUGGCGCAGCGAAAAAACAAAACUUUUUUGGACGUCGAAGACACGGGUUGAAAUCCCGUAACGGGCGAAGCACCUACCGUUACUAUGGUUGCUCUAAAAGCAGAGCGAAAAGGCUUUCUGGUGCACGGAUUUUGACCAAAAAAAAAAACUUUACAAUAAUAAAUAAGAAUCCUAUUAUGCAAAAAGACAACUUGUUUUAUGAACCAUUAAUUAUAAGGUUAGAGUACCUAUUAGGAUUUUUUUAAACCUAUGGUAGCUUACAGAUUUUAUUCAAAAAAGAUGCUCGUAUGACGUUUGGUUAUUACAUUCGGCCAGUUGCCGUUGUGAAAAAACGGCAUCAUUUACUUUUGAAGUGUGUUGUUCUUCCAUAAUAUUUCGUUUUUUUUUUUGACAACAAUACCUAUAAACUAA